ACUGUAGUGCGCCAUCUAUGUGUGUAGGGGGAGGCCGCCUCAGUAUUGUUCUCCCGGCUUUAUACUGUCACUCAGUAGUUGUGCUGAUGCAGCCGGCAAAAUGGUGAACUGGUGCUUAUUACCAGAUCACGUCUUAGAAGUUAUAUUCUCCUAUUUGGACGUACAUGAUUUACGAAACUGUUCCCUAGUGUGUAAAAAUUGGUACAAGUAUUUGAACGACGAGAACAACGAUGUGUGGCGGCUGCACUGCGUCAGAAAAUUGGCCGAAGAGGCCCUCAAAUCAGACCUUUUAGCAUCUGUUCCAACCUAUAAAGCAAAAUUAAGAGCUUUUUACCAUGCGUGGAACCCUAAUGACUGCUCUAGAAACAUAUACGUGAAACCUAACGGGUUUACCCUACACAGGAACCCGGUGGCUCAGAGUACGGACGGCUCGAGAGGGAAGAUCGGGUUCAGGUCUGGUAGACAUGCCUGGGAGGUUGUGUGGGAGGGACCUCUGGGCACUGUGGCUGUCAUUGGCAUAGCCACCAAGGACGCUGCAGUACAGUGCCCAGGCUAUGUCGCUCUAUUAGGCUCAGAUGAACACUCGUGGGGGUGGAAUCUUGUAGACAAUCACUUGUUACAUAAUGGAGAUUCACAAGGAAAUUAUCCACAGUUAAAUAAUGCACCAAAGUACCAGGUAGGAGAGAGAAUACGAGUAAUACUGGACUGUGAUGACAACACAUUAGCAUUUGAAAAGAACUACGAGUUCCUAGGAGUUGCGUUUAGAGGACUACCAGACAAGCAGUUGUACCCUUCAGUGUCUGCAGUUUAUGGUAACACAGAGGUUUCUAUGGUAUACUUAGGGCCACCGCUGGAUGGCUGACCCGCUGCAUUCUUAGCACAGACAAUGCCAGACUGCAGAGCGCAACAUGGUUCCUCGCUCAUCUCAAGGGAUUGUCCGCCCAAAGUGUCUCAUGUGUUGUGACGGGUGUUGUGGUGAAGGAUAUGGAACAGUGGCUAGCUGCUCCUAAUGACACUUUGUGUUAAAACUUUCAGUGAGAGAAGCUUAAGAGAAAAACCAGACCAAACAUGACGAUAUAGCCUUGAUAAGCUAUUCAUCAUACAGUGGUAAGAGUAUAUUUCUUGCUUUAAACACAUAGGAAAUAAGAACAAGGAUGGACUUCCUAAGGUAUGAAGUGAGUGUUUCAUUCAGAAAUGCAAGCUGUCUAUGCCUUAUUCACAGAUUUUGAAAGGGAUUGGUACAUGGGUAGAAAUUGGAACAUUGUCACUGUUCAGCUACAAUGAGUCAAAAAGCAUGCCUAACAGAGUUUAUCUCUGCCCUGUAUGCAAUGUGCCUUGAAAAACAUAAUAAUAAUGGAGUAAAAUUUGCUUUAAUAUCACUUUUUAUCAAAUUAAAGCUUCUCAAUUAUUUGUAUAUAUAUAUAUAUAUAUAUAUAUUAAUUAUUAAUUACUUACUUUUUAGGCAGAUUAAAAUGAUUUCAGAUUAAUCAUUAGGACUCCAUAUUCUCAAAAAGAAUAGUAGCUCCCAGGUUUAAUGCAGUGAUGGUGGUUUUUAAAAUAACAACAAAAUGAUGUUGCCAAUCUGAAUGUACAACAUAAAAAGAGUUAAUUACUUUUAAUAAAUUGGUAUCAUAUGAGUGUUUCUAGUUCACAUUUUGUGCUGUUUUCAAGCUCACCUAUUGACCCCUUACCCUACCAUGAAUAAGGCACUCCAGUCAAGGAUCACUGAUUCUGCAGUUGAUUGAAUUCAUUCCUCAAAUUCCCACCUUUUUGUGUUCAUUCACUAGUGCUUUAAUAGGCACAACUUCUAGUCAUUUACAUAGUAUAGGGCAAUCUGUUAAUACAAGGAUUAUUGGUGGAGAAAUGUGUAUAAUUGGAAAUCAUGUUAUUUAUUUACUAUAUUUUGCAAGCUCCAGAUUUCCAAAUAUAUUGUUCCAUUUUGUGCAUCAAAGACUGAGUCAAGACUUUGCUUUAGUUGUUGCAUUAUUGCUCAAUCUUGUUUUAAAGUUGUUCCGAUUCAUUCAUACAAUUUACUAGUGUUGAAAAAGACAAUACUAUGGUGCUUUCCAGAAACAUUCCACUAUAUUAGUUGGAUAUGACUAUAUUACCUUACUUUGCAGGUCAUUCCACCUGACUAAGGACCACCAAUACAUUCCUCUUUCUCCUAAGUUUCAAGUGUGCCAUGUUUUUAUUUAUUAACUGGGAAGAUUUUAUGUUCUAAGUAGGUUAUGCAAGUCAGGGUACAAUGCCCCAGGUGCAAUGGCUGUAGUAAAGGAACACAUUUUAAGAGAUUGUGUAAAUGAUGUGGUCUUAUUCAUUUGAAUACUUCAUUGAAUUGUCCAUCAUUUUAAUUAUAAUUAAUGAAAUAUUUGGAGUUAACUUGUUUGUUAUAUCCCAGUGAAGGAGAACUGACUUUGAUUCAAUGUUGUGAUGACAGACCAAUACUAUUUGUUUGUUCAAGUGUUUGUGAGUAUAAAUCAUGUUGCCAAUAAUUUAUUUUUUGUUAUUCUGUUAUUUAUUUUUUGUACAGAUAAAUAUUAUACACAACCACGAGAUAUUAUUUGUGAUGAGUGAGCAACAAAUCUUCCGUAGAUAAUGUGUGUGUGUGUGUGUGUGUGUGUGUGUGUGUGUGUGUGUGCAUAAACCUUAGCAAAGGAUGAACAAGUACAACACAUAAAACUCAGUGCAAUUACUACAAUUACUACUUACAUAUAAGGCAACCCAAGCUGUUGCUUGUUUAUUGUGAUUUUUCAAAAUAACUGUGUCUAAGUCAUUGUACAUAAAUGAGAUGCCAUUUUUAAGAACUUCCAAGAUGUGAUGGUAAUAUAGGACUUUGAAGAUCAAUAUGAAGUGCUAGCAUCUCUUAAGCUUCAUGAAUCAAUGCAAUUGUUACAAUUAUUUUUUAACAUUAGUAUUUUAUAUACACUUUGUGGGUUUACCCCGGCAUUUAGGGUGUGCUUUAUGAUAUACAGUACUUUAUUUUCUAUAUAUAUAUAUAUAUAUAUAUAUAUAUAUAUAUAUAUAUAUAUAUAUAUAUAUAUAUAUAUAUAUAUAUAUAUAUAUAUAUAUAUAUAUAUAUAUAUAUAAUGCUUUUUACUGUACCACGGCAGUCAAUUUUGAAGCCAUUCCUAAUGCUUGAGUGAUUCAGGUUUCAGUGUGUCAAAGUUGAAUGUAAGUCUAGUUUUAUUUGUUGAUGAAUGCACUGUUCUAUUCACUUGGUUUCUUUAUAGUUCAUGUAAUAUGGCACUGGUAAUGUACAUAAUCUUUAAGAUCUUUAUCUGACACUUGCAGUUAUUUUGCGAGUUGUCCACGAAUCUGAUGCUUUUGAAAUAAAUUAUAUAAAAUAUACUGUACUAUGUCUGCCAAGUAAAUGGGUUUGAAAUAAAAUACUGCUAAUUAUAUAAGCCAUUAGGUCUCUUCAUUGUACUUUCUGGUAACACUAAGGUAAUAGUAAAUUUAUGGAAACUUUCUUCUAUUUAUUGGGCAUUCAUUCUUGUAGUAAAUGUUUUGUUGCAUUGAGUGUUAGGGUCUGUGGUAUAUGUUGUGUUAUUUUGUCAUGGGUGAGAAGCUGUAAUAACAAAAUAAGAUAAUAUAUUGUCAUUGGUUAAGUUUCUGGAGGAAGCGUGUGUAGAUGCUUCGGUGAUUGUAUUUAAAUAUUUUUUAUAGUCCUGGAGAAUGAUUUGUAAAUGGAGUGAGUGGAAUAUAUUAUUUACGGUAGCCUAAUCCUCUUUACAACAAUUUACUCCUCAUACACGUAUUUUGUAUGGUGUCAUAGUCUAGGAUAAAUACUGUUCAGUAUUUUGUUAUGUUAGCUAGUAUUGCCCAGCAUGUUCACUUUUGUAAAUAUAUUUAAUAUUUGUAAAUAUUUGUUUAUCUUUCAUUCUAGCACAGAAAGCAGGGAUGACACAUGUAUUUUGUGCACAUAUUAGUGUACUUUAUACGCAAUUUUCUGCUACUACAGCUGGUGCAGCAGCAUCUGUGUAAACAGUGCCUGGAUGCAUUGUGACUUCUAAAUUUUGGAGACAUUAUGUGGUACUGUAUUCCUCAAAUUCUUAAUUGUUUUUAUAUUGACAAUGAGAGCAUUUUUAUAUAUUGUGAGCUACUCAGCACCACAACCAUCAUAUUUCAUCGCCAUUAAAUAAAGUCAGAAUCAUUA